AAUAUACACCCUACCACGUAUCGACCAUAACUGUUGAAUCAAACGAAACAGAUUACAAAGGGCGAUAACUCCCAUUGCCAGCGGUAUCUCUCCCACUGCCAUGUCCGACAACAAAUCGGGAAGAGCCCCAGACACUCUAGACAGGUAGAUAGCAGAAUAAGGGUAAUGUGUCGACGCCUCGUUCGUAAAUAACGCUUUAAAUAUCGUUAAAUGAACAGAUCAAGCUAUUGUCACUUGCUGUACUGUAUUCUGGACCACCUACACGGAUUUAUUGACGACGCAGAUAUUGUGGACAUAUUCAUGUUGAAUAACGUCACAGUGCAAUAAUGAGUCGAGCCACCCUGAAGAUUGGUUUUGUUGGGGCUGGAGCUAUUCACUUCGGUAGACCGGAAGUGCCCUGGGAUCAUGCGUCACGCCUUGAGAAGAUUGGCGGAUUGGAGGUUAUUGGAAUUGUGGACCCCGACACCCGCCGGAGUGAUGAGGUACUAAAAGAAAGAUUGGCAUCUCCUGACUACGGUCACAUGUAUACACACUGCCGACUCCUUACAGACUAUAGGGAACUACUGGGAAUGAAACCGGAUAUAGUCUUCAUAGGAAUACCACCAGCCUUCAGGGGUUCUCCAAAGGAAGGGGAAAAUCUGGAACUAGAGUUCACAAGAGCUGGGAUACAUGCUUUUGUUGAAAAACCUCUAUCGCUUGUGCCACCUGAGGGGUUCAUUCCUUACGCACGUUCAGUAACAGAGGCCUGUCGGACAAACGACGUCGUUCUAUCUGUGGGGUAUAUGUUCAGGUACCACGCCGCCGUCCUGAAAAUGAAGGAAAUGAUUGCGCACCAUGGCGGGAAGGUGAUGGCUUUCAAUGCCCGCUAUUACUUUGCCUACACAGAGGGGAUCAACAAAUACUGGUUCAACACGGAGUUCAGUGGCGGACCAAUCGUAGAACAAGCUACUCAUUUCUGUGACCUGGCUCGGUAUAUUGUUGGGGAUGUAGACAUGACGUCACUGCAUACUAUCAUGCUGAACGACUCGGACAAAAGCGGGGUUGGAAAGCUAAAACACGUACCAGGCAACGCGGAAGACGAUAUACCGUCCAACAAGCGGAUCCCCAGAGUCACACUCAGUCACUGGAGGUUUGAGGACGGCGGUCUCGGGACGUUGAUGCACUCAAUAACGUUACCCGGAAGUCGUUACCAAGCAACCAUUGACGUUCAGUUAGACGGUCUCCAACUCUCGCUUAUAGACCCUUACGAGAGUACCAGUAUACUGAGGGUCCGAAAUCUAGAGGGUGGAAAUCCCAACCAGGACCAGGAUUUCCGUUUUCGAAAAUGACGACACGUAUUUGAGAGAGCUUGAUACAUUCAUCAAAGCUGUUCGUCAGAGGAAGCAAUCCCUUAUCAAGAGCUCGUACGAAGACGCCAUGAAAACCUACGAUUUGACCUGGGCGGUACGGCGACAGGGAGAGGUCAAGAUGUAGUGUCAGGCAUUUGAACUCUUAAAUGUUUUUAAUAUUUCAUGUAUUAAAAAUGUCGUUUGAUAAGUCAAAAUUUUAUAGACAGAUAAACAAACGUGCGUGUAUAAAUUACUACAUAAUCAUAUUUAGUAUGUACAAUUAUCAACCUGACUUGUGCUGUAGAAAGGCGUAUGUCAUGUGAUUUCAAAGGGAUCCAAUAUCCAAAAUGUUCCAAAUUAAAUAACUAAUGGGGAUAUUGCACGUGCCCUUUUAAGUAUUACAGCAACCCUUUGUUUAGGCCCAUUGUGAUUUUAAUUGCAUUGCUGGUGGAUUUCAACUCUACCGUCACUGACGAUGAACAUUGUCACGCAUAUUAAAACAUUAUCAUUGUUUGUCUAGUGAGUGUAUCAAACACAUUAUUAAUGCUCGCCAACACUCGAACACCAGACCUCAAGACAUCCCUUGUCCGCGAUAAGGACACCCUAUCUAUGUCUGGUUGCCCUUACAUUUGUGACCCAGAUCUCGUAUGAAGUAGCAGCUUACACAGCAGACAUACACGGAGGUAACUAAUUUUUUAAUAAGUGUAGUCAAAGAUCAUUCAAUUCAAUCUACCCUCCAAUUGCCUACCUAUAUGCCAUGUUUUAGUAUAUAACCUACCACUAAUCUGAUAAUGUUCCUGCACAUAAGAUGACAAUAAACCGGACGACGAAACUGACUUAAAUACUUUUAGCAUUAUUCUCUUUGUUCAUCGUUUCUCUAGUUAAUUUUAUAAAAUACAGAGUUAAAUGAAGUUUUAGCAUAUGUAUUUUUAUUUGUUAUUUCUGGACUGAUAUACAACAAACAGUACAUUAUGGCGGCUUCAGUCUGAAGGUUCAACCGGUUAGACUAGCUUAAUGGCGUACUAUUUGUGUAGUAACUGUUCUAUCCUUUCUAUGUUGUUCAUUGUAACCUAUCUAUAAAAUGAAAACAUGUCUGUAUAUACUGCUAUUUUCUAUUAAUUGGGAAACAUUGGAAAACAGGAAGUUAAUCUACUGUCCCCGUUACACAUACUUUGAAAAUAUCUUUGUUCUUUUCUCCGAAUUAAUCCUGCUACUGUUUUUCUCAUAUCUGUUAAUAUAUGGUGUCGUUUCUACACUCGUUUAUGUGUAAAUUAUCCUAUGAGGAUAUCGCCUAUAAUUGACAUUAUUUUUUUGUAUCGACAGAGCCCCAUAAAUACUGUACAUUAUCUGCACGUGUUUAUUAAAAUUCUGAAUGGACAAACAUCACUACGAGACUUUAUAUUACUGUAUAUAUAUAUAUAUCAAUUCCUAGCCCCAUACUAGUGAAUUAAAUGAACUCAACGCUUUUCCAUUUCAUAACCGAUAGGAAAUAAUAAUUCGUAUGACCGCCGAGUUUCUUUGAACAUUCCUCGCAUGUUGCAUGAGAUAUUUUGUUUACUAAAUAUUUCCCGUUUUGAUCAAAAAUAAAAAUGAUUAAAUUGC